GACACCGAGCCAGCCAAUCACGGGGGGCGCGUGGGGACACUGGGAGGAAUUCCGCCGCAGGGAAUGUCGCGGCGUAUAAAGCUUCACGCCUCCGGAAGCCGCCACGACUCGCUACCUGAGCAGCAUGGAGACCGCGGCCCCGCCCGCACGCCCUUCAGACCCCUUCGCCGCCCACUCCCCUGCCUUCCAUCUACUACAAUCGCUGCCGCUGCUGCAGUCUGCAGGCGGCGCGGCCAAGCCGCUGCCGCCGCCCCUGGGGAUGGACCCCCGGUUGGCGGGGCUGCUGCAGGGCUGCAACCCCUUGGGUCAGCUGCCGUGGGCGGCGCUAGGCGCGGGUGAGCUGGCCCUCAACCGGCUGCUGCUGACUCCCGGGGGCCGCCUCAGCAGACCCAAGAAGCGGUACAUCUGCAAGUACUGUCAGCGGGAGUUCACCAAGAGCUACAACCUGCUGAUCCACGAGCGGACCCACACGGACGAGCGGCCCUUCCCCUGCGACAUCUGCGGCAAGGCCUUCAGGAGGCAGGACCACCUCCGCGACCACAAGUACAUCCACAGCAAGGAGAAGCCCUUCAAGUGCGAGGCGUGCGGCAAGGGCUUCUGCCAGGCGCGCACGCUCGCCGUGCACAAGGCGCAGCACGCCCACGACAUCCCGCCCACGCCCGCCGCCCCGCACACGCCGCCCUCCGCGCCCGCCGCCGCCCGCCUCGAGGCCGACGAGGUGGUGGACGUGCUGCACUGCGACGACGACGAGGACGACCACGUGAUGCAGACGCUGACGGAGGAGGACGAGGAGCUGCAGCCCGCGGCGCCGCCGCCCCCCAAGAGGCUCGGCUUCUCCAUCGCGGACAUCAUGAGCAGAUAGAGGCGCGAGGGGCGCCGCGCCGCCCCCCAAGAGGCGCGGCUUCUCCAUCGCGGACAUCAUGAGCAGAGAGAGGCGCGAGGGGCACAGCGCAACCUGGCCGUGUCUUUCUACUGUCCUCUGCUGCCGCCUGCUGUACAUAGUGUACUAUAUCAUAUCCCUUAA